AUGUCCACCAUCGCGACACCGCGCGACCCAUCAACGCCUAUGCCACGGCGCAUGAAUUCCUCUCAAGCAAUCAUAACACCUACAUCGUCCUCAAGACCAAGCCUCGAUACUCCGCGCUCCGCGGGAGGCUCUCCGAAUCCCAAUGCCACCGGGCAGCUCCAACCAGGCAGCGCCGCCUCCACCGGCAAGCGCAACAAUCGCGCCGCCCUUCGAGAGUACUACAACAUAAAGAAAGCAGCAUCUGUCUCGACGACACCACUACUAGAGGUGACCGAUCCACUGGGGGAUACCACACACGAGUCAUCAUAUAGUGAAGUCGCGCCGUCAGAGCUAGAUGCGGAGACUUUCGAUGCAGACGCAUUCGUGGCGAGGAAGUUGCAGGAGAGCAGUAUGGAGGAGCUGCUGCGGACGUACACGCGCGUGCUAGGAGAGAUCAGGGCGCUGGACGCCGAGAAGAAGGCGCUGGUGUACGACAACUACAGCAAGCUGAUCACUGCGACGGAAACGAUACGAAAGGUGAGCAUUGAGAGCAGUGAGAGAUCCGGUGUCUAUGUGCUGACUGGUCACGAAUCAUAG